AUGUCGUCCGGGCCGCGCUGCGCGGGGUGCGCCGAGCCCGCCGUGUCCCCGCGGCUGCUGCCCUGCCUGCACUCGCUGUGCGCGCCCUGCCUGCAGCGGCUCGGUCCGCUGGGGCAGGCGGGACGGGCCUCGGCCCUCAGCGUGCUCUGCCCGGUGUGCGACGCCGAGGUCGCGCUGCCGGCCGGCGGCACGGGGCACCUCACCCCCGACUACCUGUCCCUCGGCCGCGGCGGGGCGGCGGCGGGGUGCGACCUCUGCGCCGAUGGGGCGGCCGCCAGGCGCUGCCUGACCUGCGACGCCCGCCUCUGCCUCUUCUGCUGCCAGGCUCACAGGAGACAGAAGAAGACAGCCUCUCAUGUCGUGACAGAGCUAGAGGAUGCCAAGGAAUGCAGCCAGGCUGGGAGGCCUCUCUUCUGCCCUUGCCAUCCCACAGAGGAGCUGAGGCUGUUCUGCGAGCAGUGCGACCAGCCCGUGUGCCGGGACUGUGUGGCGGACGGGCACCGGCAGCACCCUUACGACUCCACGGGCAAUGUCAUCCACAGGCACGGGGACGCCCUGCGGGAGCUGCUGAAGACCACCCAGAAGCAUGUGGGCGCUCUGCAGCGUGCGCUCCGCCUCAUCGAUGACACGGGCAGCGCUGUGCGCCGUCGCGCAGAGGCCAUGGCCACAGAGAUUGACCUGUUCACCAACGGGUAUGUGGCAGCGAUUGAAGAGCACCGGGACCGGCUGCUGAAGCAGCUGGAGGACUUGACGGUGCAGAAGGAGAACCUCCUGCAGCUGCAGAAGGCUCAGCUGCAGCAGUUGCUGCUGGACAUGAGGACGGGCGUGGAUUUCACGGAGCACCUGCUGAUGAGCGGCUCGGACCUGGAGAUCCUCCUCACCAAAGGGGUGGUGGCGAGCCGGCUGGCGACGCUGAACGGCACCGCUUACAGCACCCACCCCAGCGUGGAUGACAGGAUCCAGUUCUCUCCCCACGACAGGGCAGGGCAGUGUCAUGGCUAUGAAGUUUUUGGGGCCAUUCUCAAUCAAGUGGUUGAUCCAUCCAGAUGUACCCUACACGGGGAAGACCUCCACAGCACCCGUCAGAACCGGCUGACUGGCUUUACCCUGCUCUGCAAUGACACCAUGGGGAAGCGGAUAGCACAAGGAGGAGAGGCCGUGCGGGUCACCAUCACCCAUAAGGACAAGAGGGGCUGUGCAGUGAAGCCAACAGUGUGUGAUAAUGGUGAUGGGACCUACCAUAUUUCCUACAGCCCUGAGGAUCCGGGCUUGUAUGCUGUCUGCAUCUAUGUGAAAGGGCAACAUGUACAGGGCUCUCCGUUCACUCUGAUGGUGAAAGCUAAGCUCCGUGAGCACCAAGGCGUGUUCCACUGCUGCACAUUCUGCUCAAGUGGAGGGCAGAAAGCUGCUCGCUGUGCCUGUGGUGGGACCAUGCCAGGUGGGUACCAAGGCUGUGGCCACGGACACAAAGGCCAUCCUGGGUGCCCCCACUGGUCAUGCUGUGGACAAGUGAAGGAGAGCUCAGAAUGUUUGGGUGACACCUCGCAGAGGAGUUUGCUCAGGACAGUGGCACUCUGAGCAGCCAGGUGAGCUCCUGCGAGUCCAGGGCACUGCUGCUGGCUGCUGCAUGAGCACAAACCACAAGGAUCCCUGGCAUCACUGCCAGAAAACAACAUUGUGGUGGGUGUCAGCUAAGAAAGGAGGG